CGGGCCUCCGCCGCGCUCUGUCUCUCUCUCUCCCCCUCUCUCUCCCCGUCUCAGUGCGCUGGGUAUUUACAGCCUAAACCUUAGUGCUCUAUCCCUCCUCUGUAUGAAUUAGCGUGCCAACGGGAUACAGGGACUCUUAAAAAGCAGUUCGGGAUAUUUUUUAGCCCCUCUGCAUCGUUUUUAAAGGAUUUCUGGAGUUUUUUUCUUUUUUUGCUCUAGGAAGACGCGGUGCUUCAGUCGAGAGCCUGCGCCAAAAGGAUUUGGAUCGUCCUGUAACGGAGGACGAGUUUUCCCAUUUUUUUUUCCCCCCUGGAUAAGCGGCAAGGGAGGAGGUGAAGAUGCCGAAACCGAUCAAUGUACGGGUGACUACGAUGGAUGCGGAGCUGGAGUUUGCCAUCCAGCCCAACACCACAGGCAAACAACUAUUUGACCAGGUGGUGAAGACCGUGGGGUUGCGUGAGGUCUGGUUUUUCGGGUUGCAGUACACGGACAGUAAGGGUUACACCACAUGGCUGAAGCUCAAUAAGAAGGUGACUCAGCAGGAUGUAAAGAAGGAGAACCCGCUGCAGUUCAAAUUCAGAGCGAAGUUCUUUCCAGAGGACGUUUCUGAAGAGCUGAUCCAGGAGAUCACACAGCGCCUGUUCUUUCUUCAGGUGAAGGAGUCCAUUCUGAACGAUGAAAAUUACUGUCCUCCUGAGACCGCGGUGCUUCUGGCGUCCUACUCGGUCCAGGCCAAAUACGGCGACUACAGCAAGGACGUCCACAAGCCUGGCUAUCUCACCAACGACAGGCUUCUACCACAGAGAGUUCUAGAGCAACACAAGCUGACUAAAGAACAGUGGGAGGAAAGGAUACAGACUUGGCAUGAGGAGCAUAGAGGCAUGCUCAGAGAGGACUCCAUGAUGGAGUAUCUGAAAAUCGCGCAGGAUCUAGAGAUGUACGGUGUCAACUACUUCGAGAUUAAGAACAAGAAGGGAACAGAGCUGUGGCUGGGAGUCGAUGCUCUGGGUCUCAACAUUUAUGAACAUGAAGACAAGCUCACACCAAAGAUUGGCUUUCCUUGGAGCGAAAUCCGUAACAUUUCUUUCAACGACAAGAAAUUUGUCAUCAAGCCCAUCGAUAAGAAAGCACCAGAUUUCGUUUUCUAUGCACCACGGUUGCGGAUCAAUAAACGGAUCCUGGCUCUGUGCAUGGGUAACCACGAGCUCUAUAUGCGAAGAAGAAAGCCAGAUACCAUCGAGGUGCAGCAGAUGAAGGCUCAGGCCAGAGAGGAGAAACACCAGAAACAAAUGGAGAGAGCUCAACUUGAAAAUGAAAAGAAGAAGCGCGAGUUGGCAGAAAAGGAGAAGGAAAGAAUAGAGCGUGAGAAGGACGAGCUGAUCGAGCGUCUGAGACAGAUUGAAGAGCAAACAGCCCGAGCACAGAGAGAGCUGGAAGAACAGACGCGUCGGGCUCUAGAACUGGACCAGGAAAGGCAGAGGGCGAAGGAAGAAGCUGAGAGACUGGAGAAAGAGAAGCUGGAUGCCGAGGAGGCUCGAGCAGCGCUGGCCAAACAAGCAGCAGAUCAGAUGAAGAACCAAGAACAACUGGCUGCAGAACUGGCUGAGUUCACCGCCAAAAUCACUCUGCUGGAGGAGGCCAAGAGAAAAAAAGAAGAGGAGGCCAAUGAAUGGCAGCACAAAGCUAUUUCAGCUCAGGAUGAUCUGGAGAAGACCAAAGAAGAGCUAAAGACCGUGAUGACGGCCGUAGUACCGGCUAGCUCAGCCGAGAACGAGCACGACGAGCAUGACGAGAGCAGCGCCGAGGCCAGCGCUGAGCUCUCCAACGACGGCGUUAUGCACACACACACCGAGGAGGACCGCCUCACCGAAGCGCAGAAAAACGACCGGGUCAAGAAGCAGCUCCAGGCCCUGAGCUCGGAGUUGGCACAGGCCCGGGACGACACUAAGAAGACGCAGAACGACGUCCUGCACGCCGAGAACGUCAAGGCCGGCCGCGACAAGUACAAGACGCUGCGCCAGAUCCGCCAGGGGAACACCAAGCAACGAAUCGACGAGUUCGAGUCCAUGUGAGGAGCUCUGAACCCUGACCCCAGAAACCCCGCCCCUCCCGGCCCACUCUUCUGUCCCACUCUCAAAAGCUGCAGCCCUGAUGCCUUGGCAGCUGGCUUACAAGCACAGCUUUCAUUCUUUUUUUUUUUCUUUUUUUUUAAACCAGCUCAUCCCACCAGAUGACCUUUAACCUUAUGGCACCUGAUGAUCUAAUUCUACUCUGCAGAGAAGCUAGAGGGACGUGGGCACGGCCUUCCCCUCGCACCUUGCCAAAGCUCUCACCCUCGGCCAAUCAGGCGGCUUGAUUUCAAGCUCCUCCCACUCGAAUGAUCUAUUAAAGGAGCAAGCUUUGUAUCAUAUCUUUAUGAACAUUUGAAAUGAUUAUUUUUGUUUUUGUGUACAUGAUGGAAGAGAUACUAAAAUGAAAAUGUCAUUUUAGAGAUGAAAAGGAAAUAGCAAAAAGAGAUCAAAAUUUUAUCAGAAUGGCCAUCAAUUCGUUUUUUUUUUUUUUUUUUUUCAUUUAAUAGACCCACUUUAUUAUACACUUUUCACCGUUUGAUUAACAAAGGGUUUAAAGUAUCUAAUAAGCUUCUUUAGUUCUUCACCCGAUUUAUUAACACACUGCUUUUAAAGUUGUUUCAACACAGAUGGCGGGUCUCAUUUGGGAUUUUCAUCUCCACUUUCAAAAUAAAAGUGCAAAAAAAAAAAAAACCCUGAUAAAUACCGAAUCAUUCAAUAAGAAUCAAAUAACCAAAACUGCGGAUCACCAAAGGGAAGCAAAACGUCGUUCACGACUAUGAGCACUGGUUUUGAGAAACGUGAGUCGAUUUAGGAGUGGGUUUAAGUCGUGUUGAGUCGUUUCACAGUGUGGUGUUGGUGGUGUUCAGACUCCCAGUGUUUCAUGCACAGUCUCCAUAUGGAUGGUUUUCCCUGCCUGCUGGCUCACAAAGGUCACGUCAGACAGGCAGACAGAGCAGCUGCUUAAGGGUGUCGGGGUGUGAGGCGAGGCGAAGUGAAGUGUGUGCAGAUCUGUCUACCUCUCUGUUUGUGUGUGUGCGCGUGUAUGUGGGUCGUGUUUGCAUGAUGUAUGUGUAUGUAUGUGUGUGUGUGUGUGUGUGUGUGUGUGUGAACAAUGAAAUCCUUUCUGGCCGGGGAGCAUAUGAAAACAUCAGUCCUGGUAUCAGGAUGGCUCUCUACCUCAUAACUGUAAAGCGUGGAGACUGAAGCGUCAAACACUGAGCGUGCUGUGAGACACAGGGGACAGGUGAGACAGUUUUCCACUCGAGGUGUAGCGUUAAUGUCAUCUCGGCAUGUUUGUGUGUGUGUGAGAGCGAGAUUAGUCUCGGCAAGAAUUCAGAGCUCAGUAUUAUAUCCAGAUUAAGUUAGUGUUGUUCAGCGCCGUCACCACGUGAUCCUAUAGAGCUAACGACGUACGAUACCAAAGCCGUCCCGACGCCGAAACUGUGCCGAGGCCAUGCGUAGCAGACUCGAACAAGUGUCUUUCGUUUCAUUCUUCUUUCAUAUCACGAAAUUUACAAAGUGUGUGUUGGAUAAUCACUAAGUGAAGAUUCGAAUGGACGGAUGUGUCACGUUAUUUCCAUUUUUUAUUAAUUUUUGUUUGGUUGUUCUUUUCCCCCCUCUUUACAAAGAUAACUAGAAGGAAAUUUAAACGUCAAGAACGAUUCAUCUCCUGCAUUGUUCAUUUUUAUAGUAACUCCCUUGACCGUAUCUGUUACAUGCACAUCUUGUGUGACGGGAAAGCAGACCACUAAUAUUGUUUUAUUUUUCUUCCUGUUAACUUCUCCCCACCAACAAUUUAUACAAGGUUCUAAAAAAAAUAUAUAUAUAAGUAAAAAUCUUAACGACGAUGGAGUAUUUUGUGUAAGAAUUUGGAUUUUAUUUAUUUUUUUUGUAUCCUGCAGCGUUAAUAUUUGAUUUCAUUUUUCCGCUAGCGAAGGCAGAAAAGGUCAAGGAGCACUUUGGUUUUGGUGGUUGAGACACUAAAGCUUCAAACAAACCCAGCAUCUAAUUCAAGUGUCCAGAAAAAAUUGCCAUAGAAAGAGAAAAUUCUGUGCUUCCAAAAACAGAUUUUUUUUUUUCUUUUAACUGCUUUAUAAAUUUGAACCACCAGAGUUUAGCGUGCUAGCUUUCACUAAAGGGGAAAAGGUCGCUACCUUAAUGCCAUGACGGUGUGACGUUGUUUCUUUAAGUUUUUUUUUUUUCGGGUGGAUUUUGGCUUGCUGGCGUUGAAGUGAUUCGGGGGAUGAAAAAAAAAACCCAACCAGAGCAAAGCCGCCACUGCUGCUUCUGGAACCAGCUGUCAUGUUUGCAGUUAUAGUUUUUUUUUUUGUUUGUCUUUCAUUCCCCCUUUUUAUGUUUAUAUCGCUUUCUGUUACAUAGAAUUCUCAGUCGAGCUUUGUCCAUGACUACAUAUGUAAAAAAAAAAUUAAAAUAAAAUAAAUAAAGAUAAAAUGUGCAUC